UACCAGACAUCAUAAAUUGCCUAAUCUCUGAAUUUUAUCCCAGCCUUUUAAAUGUUUCCUGGUACAUUGAUGGGAUUCUUAUUUCAUCAAAUAUUACAAACUUUGGUCCUGCAGUUGACAGUGCUGGGAAAUACAUGUUGAACAGUGUUCUCAGAGUUCUGCCAUCUGACUGGAGCAAAGGAAGAGUUUUUACAUGUCGGGUCUCUCAUGCAUCUCUAACUUCACCUAUUACAAGGAAAAUUCACAAACCAAAUAUUCCACCAUCUCGUCCCACAGUCUUGCUUUACAGUUCCAAGAUGGAAUCACCAAAUAAAGAUGCUCAUAUGGCAAUGCCUACAACAGAAAUACCAGACAUCAUCAAUUGCCUAAUCUCUGAAUUUUAUCCCAGCCUUUUAAAUGUUUCCUGGUACAUUGAUGGGAUUCUUAUUCCAUCAAAUGUUACAAACUUUGGUCCCGCAGUUGACACUGCUGGAAAAUACAUGUUGAACAGUGUUCUCAGAGUUCUGCCUUCUGACUGGAGCAAAGGAAGAGUUUUUACAUGUCGGGUCUCUCAUGCAUCUCUAACUUCACCUAUUACAAGGAAAAUUCACAAACCAAAUAUUCCACCAUCUCGCCCCACAGUGUUGCUUUACAGUUCCAAGAUGGAAUCAUCAAAUGAACCUGCUGAUACGACAAUGCCCACAACAGAAACACCAGACAUCAUCAAUUGCCUAAUCUCUGAAUUUUAUCCCAGCCUUUUAAAUGUUUCCUGGUACAUUGAUGGGAUUCUUAUUUCAUCAAAUAUUACAAACUUUGGUCCCGCAGUUGACAGUGCUGGGAAAUACAUGUUGAACAGUGUUCUCAGAGUUCUGCCAUCUGACUGGAGCAAAGGAAGAGUGUUUACGUGUCGGGUCUCUCAUGCAUCUCUAACUUCACCUGUUACAAGGAAAAUUCACAAACCAAAUAUUUCACCAUCUCGUCCCACAGUCUUGCUUUACAGUUCCAAGAUGGAAUCAUCAAAUGAAGCUGCUAAUACGACAAUGCCUACAAUAGAAAUACCAGACAUCAUCAAUUGCCUAAUCUCUGAAUUUUAUCCCAGCCUUUUAAAUGUUUCCUGGUACAUUGAUGGGAUUCUUAUUUCAUCAAAUAUUACAAACUUUGGUCCCGCAGUUGACAGUGCUGGGAAAUACAUGUUGAACAGUGUUCUCAGAGUUCUGCCAUCUGACUGGAGCAAAGGAAGAGUGUUUACAUGUCGGGUUUCUCAUGCAUCUCUAACUUCACCUAUUACAAGGAAAAUUCACAAACCAAAUAUUCCACCAUCUCGCCCCACAGUGUUGCUUUACAGUUCCAAGAUGGAAUCAUCAAAUGAAGCUGCUAAUACGGCAAUGCCCACAACAGAAAUACCAGACAUCAUCAAUUGCCUAAUCUCUGAAUUUUAUCCCAGCCUUUUAAAUGUUUCCUGGUACAUUGAUGGGAUUCUUAUUUCAUCAAAUAUUACAAACUUUGGACCCGCAGUUGACAGUGCUGGAAAAUACAUGUUAAAUAGUGUUCUCAGAGUUCUGCCAUCUGACUGGAGCAAAGGAAGAAUUUUUACGUGUCGGGUCUCUCAUGCAUCUCUACUUUCACCUAUUACAAGGAAAAUUCACAAACCAAAUAUUCCACCAUCUCGUCCCACAGUCUUGCUUUACAGUUCCAAGAUGGAAUCAUCAAAUGAAGCUGCUACUAAGGCAAUGCCCACAACAGAAAUACCAGACAUCAUCAAUUGCCUAAUCUCUGAAUUUUAUCCCAGCCUUUUAAAUGUUUCCUGGUACAUUGAUGGGAUUCUUAUUUCAUCAAAUAUUACAAACUUUGGUCCUGCAGUUGACAGUGCUGGGAAAUACAUGUUGAACAGUGUUCUCAGAGUUCUGCCAUCUGACUGGAGCAAAGGAAGAGUUUUAACAUGUCGGGUCUCUCAUGCAUCUUUAACUUCACCUAUUACAAGGAAAAUUCACAAACCAAAUAUUCCACCAUCUCGCCCCACGGUGUUGCUUUACAGUUCCAAGAUGGAAUCAUCAAAUGAAACUGCUAAAAAGGCAAUGCCCACAACAGAAAUACCAGACAUCAUAAAUUGCCUAAUCUCUGAAUUUUAUCCCAGCCUUUUAAAUGUCUCCUGGUACAUUGAUGGGAUUCUUAUUUCAUCAAAUAUUACAAACUUUGGUCCUGCAGUUGACAGUGCUGGGAAAUAUAUGUUGAACAGUGUUCUCAGAGUUCUGCCAUCUGACUGGAGCAAAGGAAGAGUGUUUACGUGUCGGGUCUCUCAUGCAUCUCUAACUUCACCUAUUACAAGGAAAAUUCACAAACCAAAUAUUCCACCAUCUCGUCCCACAGUCUUGCUUUACAGUUCCAAGAUGGAAUCACCAAAUGAAGAUGCUCAUAUGGCAAUGCCCACAACAGAAAUACCAGACAUCAUCAAUUGCCUAAUCUCUGAAUUUUAUCCCAGCCUUUUAAAUGUUUCCUGGUACAUUGAUGGGAUUCUUAUUUCAUCAAAUAUUACAAACUUUGGUCCCGCAGUUGACAGUGCUGGGAAAUACAUGUUGAACAGUGUUCUCAGAGUUCUGCCAUCUGACUGGAGCAAAGGAAGAGUGUUUACGUGUCGGGUCUCUCAUGCAUCUCUAACUUCACCUAUUACAAGGAAAAUUCACAAACCAAAUGUACAAGAAUCAUUCAGUUUCUGGUGGGUUUCUGGUAUCUUAGGAGGUGUCCUCGUCCUGACUAUUAUUAUUGUUGUUGCAUACCACUGCAUAAAAAGAUCAGACCAUAGUGAAGCAAUACCUCAACAUGUUUCCUACAAAAAAUGCACCGGAGAUGAUUCUGACAGAAAAGAUAUCCCUUUGGAUAAACUCUGUGAAAAGGUUUACAUUCAAGAAAAUAAGUGA